CGGAGCUCCGCGUGAACCUUACUGAAUAGUUCAAUUCCAGUCAACAUACGAGCAACGACGGGUUAAUGUUAUUCACUCAUUCACAAAAAAAUUAUAAAUAACUCAAGUUAUAAUAGUUUUACGUACUUAUAUUAUUUUUCGAAAACAAUAAAUUCGAAAACAAUUAUGCCGGAUACUGUCGUUACCGUACAAAAUCCUGAUUCCAGACCUGCAGGAAAACCUGGAGUGGAAAAUGGAAACCUUAACAAUUUUUUUUCCUGGGUGGAAAUUAAUUACAAUUAUUUCAAAACCAUACCCGGAAUAUUGAAAUUAGCGCAGUUGAUAAUCGGAAUAGUUUGUCUAGCACUUGCUUCGCCGGCCAGGUUACCUGGAACCAAUUGGUUCUUGUUCGUGGUCAUCAUCAGUUUCAUUGCAACCGCCAUUUGGUCGUUCGUAUACUUGCUUUCCAUCCGGGAGGCCAUAAACUUCCCCAUCAACUGGGUGCUCACGGAAUUUUUCAACACUCUCCUGUUGACCGUGCUGUACACGAUCGCGUUUAUCGUACAACUAUCGGCUUGGUCCAGACCGUACCACUCGUACUACAAGAACCCGAACAUAGCAGCCGGGUUAUUUGGAAUCAUCAACGCAGCCGUAUACGCGACAGGUGUGUAUCUGAUAUUUAAAGAUUGGAAAACAUCAAAAGCCGCUCCCGUUCAACAGCAAUAAUUUGAUUACAAUAUCAAUAAUAUUAAUACACUUAUAAAAAAACACUCCUGCCUACGCAUUUUUUCGUACGUCUUGUUCGUAUAAUAAUUUUACAUUUUAAACAUAAUAUAGUAUUUCGUAGAAAUAUAUUUGUAUAUUAGACAUACUAUAUUACAUUACUAUACGCUACGUUUGAUAUUUUUUCUCGUAUACCGAUUUCAGCCAGGAAAUAAGUCGUAAAUAUCAUGACAAAAUAAAUGAAAUAUUUAUUUUGUGACGAUAAGUGUAGAUAAGCGUAGAUAAUAUAACAUAAAAAAUUGUAUUCCAGUAAAUAUUUUAGGGAUUGCACCUAAUGGCGGGUUUUGAUAACCAGCUGCUAAAUUAUAAUAUUUACACUGAUAACUUACCAUGAGUAAUAUGUGCUUCUAUGAACCGUUUAUAUUAUGCAUAAUAUUAAGCAUACGCUGGUUAGUAUAUAUAUACAAAUAUAACGAAAAUCAUGUUAGUUAUCAAGCUUUAAACUGACAAUAACUCCUGAAAUGUAAAUCAAUACAUUGAUAUAUAAUAA